AUGGAAACAGUAACUGAACCAAAAGCAUCCACAAUGCGGGAAACUGGACCGCAGAAUGCUUCGAAGUCUGUAGAGGUCCAACUUUAUAAAAGGCGCUAUUAUAUAUUAUUAGUGUUCGCUUUGUUGUCAGCUUCCAAUUCAAUGCAAUGGAUUGAAUAUUCCGUUAUUGCCCAUAUUGUGGUCGAAUUCUAUUCAGUGUCUUAUGUUACUGUCAACUGGACUUCAAUGAUUUACAUGCUUACUUAUAUCAUUUUUGUGCUUCCCGCAAGUUGGAUUCUUGACAAAUACGGCUUGCGAAUGUCUGUAAUACUCGGUUCCGGAGGUAACUGCAUUGGAGCAUGCAUUAAGAUGUUUUCAGCGAAGCCUGACGCAUUCUGGAUCACAUUCUUGGGACAAACGAUCGUGGGCUUUUCGCAAAUGUUUAUCUUGGGCAUACCGCCAAGGCUAGCUGCUGUGUGGUUCGGCCCAGAACAAGUUUCCACUGCGUGUGCAAUUGGUGUUUUCGGCAAUCAAUUAGGCAUUGCAAUUGGCUUUGUGCUUCCCCCUGUCCUGGUUCAUAUGGGUGCUGCAGAUUUCAUUGCCUCUGAUUUGAAUCGAUUGUUCCUCAUUUCAGUCGUCGCCAAUACUAUCAUUUUCUUGCUAAUCAUAUUUUCAUUUCCAGGGAAACCACCUGUACCACCAAGUUUGGCGCAGCUACGAAUGUUGUUGGAUACCAGCGAGAAAAAUUAUUACCAUUCAUUGAAACAACUAAUGACAAAUCCAAAUUUUAUACUUCUUUUCAUCACUUACGGAGUCAAUGUUGGUGUAUUUUAUGCCGUAUCAACAGUGCUAAGUCAAAUGAUACUGAUAUUUCAUCCCAAUGAACAAGAAAGCGCAGGAAUGAUUGGUCUACUACUGGUUCUAGCAGGAAUGAUUGGUUCAGUGCUGUGUGGUUUCAUUCUAGAUCGUUUUCAUCACUUUAAGUUGACCACUCUUGUUGUAUAUGUCUUUUGCGCAGUGGGCAUGCUUCUGUUUACUUUUUUGGUAAAUAUCGCGCAGAUGUGGUAUAUUUAUGCAAGCUCCAUACUUCUCGGAUUUUUCAUGACCGGAUAUUUACCGAUUGGUUUCGAAUUCGCAUCCGAGCUAACUUUUCCAGUAGCUGAGGGAACUGCAUCGGGCCUUCUAAAUGCUUCCGCUCAGGUAUUUGGUAUAGCGCUAACUUUAUGUGUUGGUUUUAUUCUCCAGUACGGUAGUGUCUUAGCCAGUAAUUUAACACUUACGGGAUUUCUAAUUGUUGGAGCUUUUCUUACAGCUCUUAUCAAAUCUGAUCUACGAAGACAAAGAGCUCACGGAAGUAUUCCAUGCAUAUUACGCCAAUUACAAACCGAAUCAGUAUAGUAUGCUGAAUGAAAUACAAUUUUGAAGUGCAUUUCUCUUCAGUCACUUGAAGCAAAGUAGCAGUUCUAUGUUGCUGUCAAGAACACAUUAUUUCACUUAUUUUUUUCCGCCUGGGCCUCAUUGUGCUAGUUGCGAUGUUUUUUUGGUUAUCCCUGUCUCAUUGCUUUUCCCAUUAUCUGUGAUCCCCAACUAGCUCCACUUAUUUUUUCAGUCGAAAAAAACUCGUCACUUUAUAAUUUGCCUUUUCCUUUCAACUAUUCAAAUUCUGUUUUUAUCGGCUAUUUGGAUUCAUGCUUUAUGCUGUACAAAUAUUUGUGUUCAAUUUGUUGUUCAGCUUAUAAAUAACGCAAGUAUUUUUAAUACAUGAUUGCUAAAAUCCACUUAUUGUUCCAUAUUUACUGUUCCCCUAUCAACCAGUCGGCAAAGCCAAUUUUGUACUAAGAUUUAAAAUAAGCAUCCUCAUGGUGAUAUUAUUACAACGACUUAGAGGAGCGAUUGAAUUGUGAAAUCUCGAUUUUGUGAGUAAAGAC